CCUCGAUUCCUUCAGGCAACAGGCUUCAGCUACACAGCUACCACACUCUUUCGGCUCUGAGAGCAUCACUUUCCUUAAACCAGUCAUUCUUUACAGUGAGCUCAGGCCGGUCUUCACAUUCAUUACGUUCAUUUGCAAGAAAGACAGUUCAUCAUGAAGUUCGCGAUCAGUGCCCUCGCGGCCAUGCUCACGCUCGUCGCAGCGCAGACGUCGGAGUUUUGCGAAGUCGUCAUCACCAGGACCGUAUACUCAACUGCGACCACGACACUGUCGGUAGCUCCGAUUUACCAGAACGAUGUUCCGACUUCUACGAGUACUGUGGAGGUUACCAGCUCCGUGCUAGUCACGGUCACGGCUGCUCCCCUUCCCAGCGACAUUUCGGUCGUCACAGAAACGAUCACGCAAACGAGGACCGAGACGAAGACCGAGACGAAGACUGAGACGGUAACGUCCACCGUCACCUUGCGCAGCGGCGAUGCCACCUCUGCGGCCGACCCGACUGCUACGGGAUCCCAGACCGUGACAUCUAGCUUGCCUUUCUUCCCGAUCUCAAACGUCACUUCGUUUGCUGCCGCCACAGCAACGGGCGUGUCUGGCGCACCAACCGGCUACGUGUCAGCAAAUAGCACUUCAAACGGUACUUCAGCAGCUGCCGCGGCCGCGACGGGCGUGUCUGGCUCGCCGACCGGCUACUUCUACGCAAACACACGUCAAAUAGCACGGCAAACUUGACUUCCGUCGCUGCAGCCGCGGUCACAGGCGUUUCUGGCCUACCGACCGGAUAUGGCUCGCCGAACAGUACUGUCACCGUCCUAGCCACCGCAAGCGGCAGCCCCAGCUCAGUGUCGAACGUUUCCGUCUCUGCAGCAAGCGCCAGUGUUGGCACUGGCUUCUC